CCGAAUGAGGACCAGCUGCAGAACGAGGUGACUGACGCGGCGGCCACAGCUCUGCAGACAGCUGACGUGCUGCUGUAGUUCGACCGCAUUCGCAAGGCCAACGUCCGCACGCGUGCCACAAAUGAGCAGGCCGAGGCCUCCGGAGAAGAAGAGAGACCAGUGGAGGCUGCGCCUAAGCGCGGCCGCGCACGCAAUGCGAAUGUCGACAGCGAUGACUCGAUGCUCGACUCGGACGACGGCUUCUCUGGCUCUUCCUUCUCCGACUCGCGCAGCGCCAGUCCUGUCAAGAAGGGCCGCGCAACGAAGGCAAAGGCCCCGGCCAAGGCUCCGGCUAAGAAGGCACCCGCCAAGGGCAAGGCACUUCCGGUCUUCCGCGGCGAGACCGAUGAAGAGGAGGAGGAGGAGGACUCGCGCGCAACGCCCGCGGCGACGACCUCUCGCGCGUCCGCGCUCCUCGGCAAGAGCAAGGCUCCCGCCAAGCGCGCGCCCGCCAAAAAGCCCGCGGCGAAGAAGGCAGCGGCACCCGCGCCGACGCAGAGCCAGCUGUCCUUCGGCACGCGCGCGCCGGCCCGUGCUGCGGCCCGCAAGUCCAGCGGUGCGGCGUCGCGCCAGGCGCGCGACGACGACAUCGACGAGGACAGCGACGGCUUCGAGGUCGAUGAGGAGAGCUCCGCGCCGCAUCGCCGCCGCUAGUCGCUGUCCCGCCCUCACGAGCCCGCAGAUACGCACCGCAUCAUCAUCCCUGUACUUCUAGCACACUCACACAACGCCACGCACACAGCUCUUGACCCCUUCAAUUGCCCAGCCGCUUCACAUCACUGAGCAGUUCUCGUCGUCGCCGUUCAUGCCUGGCAGGCCAGCCAACUCCGAGGGCAUCUCGCCUGCAAUCUCGGGCGGCGGCGCGCCGUUAUCUUGCAUCUGCGAGGAAGAGGUGAGCGGC